UUCUUCACGUCACCAUGGACAAGAAAGAAGUCGUUCUUCCUCUCAUCGUAGCAGAAGAAGUAGACGUGACGACCACGAGGAUCAGCAUGACAAAAAGGACAAGAAGCCAAAAAAACACCAUUCAUCUUCUUCUUUUUCCUCCGCUUCGUCCAGAAGAAAUCCUAGAGUGGAACAAUCUAACGCCAAGAAACCAGACCAAUCUGACAGCGAAAAUCACAUUCACAGUGAACCAGAAAUGGAUAACCACCCGAGGAGUCUCUCUCGCGGAUCUCGUGUUAGUUUUUCUGACGAGGUGGAGACCGAAAUGGCGCGUCGUCGUCAUCGUGACAAGAAGAGAGAUGAACGAAAAUAACACCGUGGCGGAGACGAAGAGGAAAGGACAGACGACAUGCUCGAAGAUCGGGAAGGAGGAGAUUACACACUACGACAACAAGGUGAAGAGGAAAACGAUACUGCAGUCCAGCAAGAGGACGACAGUCCUUUUAGUGCACGUGGUCAGCGCAUCAGUACAACAGAGAAAGUAG